AUCCUUUAAGCCGACCAAAUCGGCAUCGUUUCUGUACCUUCGUUUCCUCUUCCUAUUUCUUUUCGUUCUCUUCCUAUUUCUAAUAGUCCUCCUUGUUGCACACGCACAUUCUUCGGAGAUUGUCCGCCAUCACUUCGCAGGGAAUUUGGAGAGAUUUCUCUCUCAUACAUCCCCCAUCUCCUCCAUUCUAGGGUUCGUCUCUCUCUAACAAGCUUUUGCAGGUUGGUAAUCAGCUGGGUUAGGAGAAAAUGAGUGUGGUGGGAUUCGACAUCGGAAAUGAGAAUUGCGUAAUUGGGGUUGUGAAGCAAAGAGGGAUUGAUGUCUUGUUGAACGAUGAGUCGAACCGGGAAACCCCGGCUGUUGUGUCGUUUGGCGAGAAACAGAGGUUCUUGGGUGCGGCGGGAGCUGCCUCUGCGACCAUGAACCCUAAAUCGACGAUUUCUCAGGUGAAGAGGAUAAUUGGUAGGAAAUUCAGGGAUCCGAGUGUUCAGCAAGACCUAAGGUCGUUCCCAUUUCAGACUUCUGAAGGUCCAGAUGGUGGCAUAUUGAUUCAUUUGCAGUACUUGGGCGAAACACAUACAUUUACCCCGGUUCAGAUUCUGGCAAUGCUGUUGGCCCAUUUAAAGCAGAUCGCUGAAAAGAAUCUGGAAGCAGCUGUUUCUGAUUGUGUGAUUGGGAUACCAUGUUACUUCACAGACUUGCAAAGGCGUGAUUUUUUGCAUGCUGCAGAAAUUGCAGGGUUGAAGCCAUUGAGAUUGAUGCAUGACUGUACUGCUACGGCUCUGGGUUAUGGUAUUUACAAGACUGAUUUCCCCAAGUCAGGCCCAAGUCAUGUUGUUUUUGUUGACAUUGGUCAGUGCGAUACACAAGUUGCUGUUGCAUCAUUUGAACCUGGACAUAUGAAGAUACUGUCGCAUGCUUUUGAUAGUAACUUGGGGGGAAGAGACUUCGAUGAGGUUUUGUUCAGAUAUUUCGCAUCACAAUUCACAGAAAAGUACAAUAUCGAUGUUUAUUCAAACACCAGGGCUUCUAUAAGGCUGAGGCAGGCAUGUGAGAAAUUGAAGAAAGUCUUGAGUGCAAAUCCAGAGGCGCCACUUACCAUAGAGUGCUUGAUGGAUGAGAAAGAUGUCAAGGGUUUCAUUAAGAGGGAGGAUUUUGAGAAAUUAUCAUCUGACUUAUUGGAGAGGAUACGCAUCCCUUGUCGCAAGGCUUUGGAGGACUCUGGUCUGACUGUGGACAAAAUUCAUGUUGUUGAGCUUGUUGGAUCUGGGUCUCGGAUACCAUCUAUUGCACGAGUUUUGGCUUCUCUUUUUGGAAGAGAACCAAGCCGGACAGUCAAUGCAAGCGAAUGUGUGGCUCGUGGUUGCGCUCUUCAAUGCGCAAUGCUUAGCCCUGUAUUUCGUGUUAGAGAGUAUGAGGUUCAAGACGCGCUUCCUUUUUCGAUAGGAUUUUUAUCAAAUGAAGGUCCAAUCAGCACCCGGUCAAAUGGUGUGCUGUUUCCAAGUGGACAUCCAUUUCCAAGCCUUAAGAUUCUUACAUUGCAUAGACAUAGCACAUUUCAUUUAGAAGCCUUCUACGCUGAUCUGAAUGAAUUGCCUCCCGGCACGUCGCCUAAAAUCAGCAGUUUUAUGAUUGGUCCAUUCCAAGUCUCCCACCCAGAAACACUGAAGAUUAAAGUUAAGGUUCAACUAAAUCUCCACGGUAUAGUAACUGUAGAGUCAGCUAGGCUGAUAGAAAAUCACAGGUAUGAUUCAAGGGGUAGUGCUCAUGUAACUUCAGAUAAGAUGGAGAUUGACAAUCACACAUCUUCUGAAGUAGCAAAUGAUGUUGAAGAUUCUCAUUCUGCUGCUGCUGAUGAAACGAAAAUGGGCAAGGCCAUAAGGAGACAAGAUCUACCAGUUACAGAGAAUGUGUAUGGUGGAAUGACAAAGGAAGAACUCUCACAAGCUCAAGAGAAAGAACUUCAGUUGGUCCGGCAGGACAUAAAGGUUGAGCAAACUAAAGAUAAGAAAAACUUGCUGGAGUCUUAUGUCUACGAGACACGCAAUAAGCUCUUGAAUACGUACCGGAGCUUUGCCUCUGAAUUAGAGAAGGAAGGGAUUUCUAGGAAUCUGCUACAGACAGAAGAGUGGCUCUAUGAGGAUGGAGAUGAUGAAUCUGAAAAGGUUUAUACUGAGAAACUAGAGGAUCUAAAAAAGUUGGUGGAUCCCAUUGAAAAUCGGUAUAAAGAUGAAGAGUCCCGAGUAGAAGCAACAAGAGGUCUAUUAAAUCGCAUUGUGGAGUAUCGGAUGGCUGUAGGAUCACUUCCAGCUACCGAGAGGGAUGCAGUUAUUAGCGAGUGCAAUAAAGCAGAACAGUGGCUGCGAGAGAAAACCCAGCAGCAGGAUUCGUUGCCUAAAAAUACUGAUCCAAUACUAUGGUCAAGUGAAAUCAAAAGAAAAGGGGAUGCUCUUGACGCGAUGUGCAAGCAUAUUAUGAGAUCCAAGGUUUCAGCCCCAAGACCUGAGGAUUCCAUGGAAUCAGACCACGGGAACAAACAGGACGACAUGCGAGCAGAUUGAUGUGCAUUUACUACAUGUUUUGUGGCACCAAGGAACCAGACCAUAAACAACCAGAUCAAAAUGCUAUUACUUUGAUGUGGAUUUUGCACAGAUCAGUUAUCCCGUCAACGCUCCAUACUAAGCAGGAAUCAUGAAAUAUCACCGUUCUUUUCAGUGAAAUACCAUGCCGUUCAUCAUCGUCAAAGCUAAGAAGCAAAUUUUGCCUGCUGCUACCAUGACACUGCUUUCUGCAGUGUUGUUGCUACCCUGAUUGCUGUCUGUAUUUUGGCAAUGCCCCAUGCUAUUAUAGUUUCUGUUAGAGGCAAUUACAUGGUUGGUUUCUACAUAUUUUUUACUCGUUGUAUACAGGUGGCCGGGAAAACACUGGUUGGUGUAAUUAUUGUUCACUUUUCAUGGUAUUGACUUCGUACUCUCAACAUAGUAUGAACGUUACUGUCUUAUGUAAUAAGGUGGCAUUGAUGCAAGUUUUAUCAUUCUUGAUUACCGGUAUCCAUGUUUUCAAAAUUCAUA